GUCGUUUCUUUUCUGUCUCUCUCUCACUCUUUCCCGGAAAAUUUCUGAUAUACAAUUCUCAGAAAUAAAAAACCAAACUUUGCUUUUGUUUUUUAUGCUUUCAUCCUCGGGCGGGGCUCUCUCUCAAUUUCAUCUUCUCCAAUUCCAAGUUGCAUUUAAGUUUUUGCCCAAAUCCCUAGCUUUCUUACACACAUCCCUAUCCGUUAAAUUUCGUAGAGAUCGUAAUUAAUUGCAACAAGACGAAUCCUUUUUUUUUUUUUUUAGUUUAUGUAAUUUACAAAACAAAACAAAACAAAACAAAACCCCAUAAAAAAACUUCAUUUUUCUUGCUUUCUGUCUCUCUCCUCUGAUCCCUGUCUGCUACGGUCACGUUUUAAAGAAAAAGCCCCCCAUGGAUUCUUCUGUCUCUCCUCUUCUCUCUCUGUCACUCUCUCGCAUGCACGAGCUCCCCUCUCCUCUUCUCCUCCUCCUCCUCCUUCGUUUUUUCCUCACACUCCUCUCUUUAACCACAUCUAAUUAAACUCUGCUUACUCUGUUUCCUGAGAUUUGAAAGAAAAAAAAACCCAGAUUUCGAAUUUGGGGAUACAGCUUUUCUCAUCCGAGAAAGCAAUGGUCUUUCCAUUCCCCAAAGCAUGAGACUUGAAACAGCAGUUAGUUGUGGAGACGACGUCAACGUUAAAGUUUGGGUUUUUCACAUAUGGGUUGCGGAGGAUCCAAAGUAGAUGAUCAACCACUUGUGAUUCUCUGUAGAGAGAGGAAAGAACUAAUCAAAGCCGCUUCUCAUCACCGUUGUGCUUUAGCCGCUGCUCAUCUCGCUUACUUCCAAUCUCUCUGCGACGUUGGUGAGUCCAUUAAACGUUUUGUUGACGAAGAACUCAUCGUCGUUGGUACUUCUUCUUCUUCUUCUAUCCCUGGUUCCCCUGUUCUCACGCUUCCCUCUGACGAAGGCAAGCCUCGUAAUAAUCAUAAACACAACCACAAGAUCUCGUCUUCUUCUUCUACUUCUGUUUCUCAUUCCGUUAUUGACGACGACGAGGAAGACGAAGACCAAGGAGAAGGAGAAGAUCAUCAGCAUUUGCAUUUAUCAUCUGGAUCCGACUUAGAUUCAGGAUCCGAAUCUGGAUCUGAUGAUUCAUUAGGUCAUCAUCAUCAUCAUAGUCACAUUGAUGAAACUAGCCCUCAAGUGAAGGAGAAAGAAACACCAUUACCGGAACAUUACCAACCCGGUUACCAACCCGGUUAUAACCCUGGUUUUACACCGGGUUAUCAAUAUCCACCGGGUUAUCAGUAUCCGGUUGAAGGAUGGGGGUAUAUGGGAGAGAACCCGAAUCAAAACCAGUACCCGUACCCGAACCCGAAUCAAGGAAUGUACUUUAUGAAGAAGUCUGCGCCACCGUCUCGGCCUUUAGUGUUUCAGCCGGAGAAUCAUAGAGUGGAGAAUGGAGUUGGGUACUCUAAUUACUUUUCCGGGAAUGCUAAUACUGGUUAUUUUGGUUACCCGGAGCAACGUAGAGAGCCACCGUCUCCGGUGAGGCCACCUCCAGCGCCUCCGUCUCCGCCUAAGAUUUCAAGUUGGGAUUUUUUGAAUGUGUUUGAUAAUUAUGAUUAUAUCAGAGCUGUUUCCGGUGAAAGUUCCGGUGCCGGAGCUGGGUUUCCUCCGGCCGUGGGUGGAGUUAAGUCGAGUUCAAGCAGUCCUGAUUCGAGAGAAGUGAGGGAGAGAGAAGGGAUUCCUGAUUUGGAAGACGAAACAGAGCAAGAUGUUAUCAUUGGGCAAACGUUUAAACAUACCAAGAGGAAAGGUAUUGAGAAGGUGAAAGAACAGAGACAGGGGAAUGAACCUGGGAACUGGUCACAACGAGAGGAGAUUCACGAGAGGAAGAUCAAGAAACGAGGAGAUUCAGGUGAAGGAACAUCGAGAGAUGUGCCUAUGGUAGAAAGGGCUACUGAGAGUUCUUUUGGUUCGAAGACUGUGUCGUCGUUUACGAGUAGUGAAGAAGAUUCGGAGUUUCACCAUGUUAAUGACGGAGAAGGAAAGAGUAGCAGUAAUGAUUUAAGCGGGCAUGAGACUGUUGCUAGAAAGAGUGUUGGAGAAGUGGAAGAAGAAUAUGUGAGGAAGAAAGGAGUGAGCUUUGAGUUGGAUGAAAAUGCAACUACUUCUUUUGAUGUUGAAUCUUCCAAGAUAAGUAGUCUGUCUGCAUUGUCGGUUCAUGCUACUAGAGAUCUCAGAGAAGUUGUGAAAGAGAUUAAGAGUGAGUUUGAGGUUGCUUCUUCACAUGGGAAGGAAGUGGCUGUGUUGCUUGAAGUUAGCAAGUUGCCUUAUCAGCAGAAAAGCUCUGGGCUUAAAGUUAUCUUCUCGCGGAUCAUGUAUCUGGUAGCGCCUUCCACAGUGUCAUCGCGUUCUCAGCCUCAACCAUCAAUACGGUUAACAUCUAGGAUCUUGAAAAUUGCAAAAUCAUACAAUGGUCAGGAUGUUGGAGAAGGCUUAUCUGGAAACCUCUCUUCAACCUUGGAGCAAAUCUAUGCUUGGGAAAAGAAACUGUAUAAAGAAGUCAAGGAUGAAGAGAAGCUUCGUGUUAUCUAUGAAGAAAAGUGCAGAACACUGAAAAAACUGGAUAGUCUUGGUGCGGAAUCUAGCAAGAUCGAUGCUACUCGAGCAGCCAUUAGAAAGCUGCUAACCAAACUUGACGUCUGUAUAAGAUCUGUUGAUUCCAUUUCCAGCAGGAUACAUAAACUCAGAGAUGAAGAAUUACAGCCGCAACUCACACAGUUGAUUCACGGGUUGAUAAGAAUGUGGAGAUCAAUGCUCAAGUGCCACCAGAAGCAGUUCCAGGCAAUUAUGGAGAGCAAGGUUCGAUCUCUCAGGGCAAACACCGGCUUACAAAGAGACUCCGGUCUGAAAGCUAUUCUUGAUCUGGAGAUGGAGCUACGAGAAUGGUGCAUUAGCUUCAACGAUUGGGUGAACACUCAGAAAUCAUAUGUAGAGUCUCUAAAUGGGUGGCUCUCAAGAUGUCUUCACUAUGAACCUGAAUCAACAGAGGACGGAAUCGCACCUUUCUCUCCUAGCCGAGUUGGAGCUCCACAGGUUUUCGUUAUAUGCAAAGACUGGCAAGAAGCAAUGGCGAGAAUCUCUGGAGAGAACGUAACAAGCGCGAUGCAAGGCUUUGCCUCGAGCCUACACGAACUAUGGGAGAGACAAGAUGAGGAGCAAAGACAGAGAGUGAAAGCAGAGUAUGUCUCGCAUGAUUUUGAAAAACGGUUGAAUGAUCUAAGGAUGGAGAGGGCGAGAGCAAGAAUGAGAAACGAGCAGCUACAAGACGGUGGUGCAUCAGAGAAAAGCGUGGUGUUGUCAGAGAGCGGGAUCUCAGCUUUGGAUGAUUUGAAGGUGGAUUUGGAUUCAAUGAGGAAGAAGCUAGAAGAAGAGAGAGCAAGGCACAAGGAAACAAUAAAACUUGUGAACAAUGCAGCUUCAAGCAGCUUACAAGCUGGAUUAGUACCAAUCUUUGAAGCCUUGGGGAAUUUCACUUCACAAGUUGUGAAAGCUCAUGAAGAUGUUAGGUUUCAACAACAAGAACAAGAACAGCCUCAGUCUGAAGAAGAUUGAAUUUGAACUAAUUAAAAAAAGUUUUGGUAAUGAAAUUAGCUAGAGAUUCGGUUUUAGGAGAAAUUGUUGUACAUAUUUUUUCAAUUAAUAUAUUCAUUGAUUCUUAAUCAA